AAGCUUGGCCUGAUACAUCUAUCAGGCGAACUAUCGUUGCCCUGACGUUGUAUAUAAAAUGCAGGUAAUGCUUCUGUUUUGAACUGUGGUUGAUUAGAUAGCAUUCCGUAGUGGAUAACAUAUGCCUCUAUAGUCUUUGGAGCGGUGAUAUCACGCCUAUCAUACAAAGGAAAUUUAAUAUAAGGAAAAUAUUGUAUAGUAUUUUAUGAUAAGAAAUUUUCUGAAAAAAGAGGAAAUAUUUGAAAUAUCUGUUAUUCGGAAGGACGUUUUAGCAUAGGAGAGGUUAAAAAAAAUUGCGCCAAGACAAAACAAUAAGAUGGCAAGUGUAACUGGAAAAUGGAAAAUUGAAAGCUCCGACAAUUUUGAAGAAUAUAUGAAAGCAAUUGGAGUUCCGGAUGAAAAACGUGCCAACGCACUCAAAUUUUUGUCAGCGGGGUCUAACAUGACUCAAGAAUUCAAGGCUGAUGGAGACAACUGGACAAUGACUACAUGUACUGUAGCCGGUGAAAAGACAUCUUCUUUCACCAUAGGAAAGGAAGAUGAUUCAAUGACCCUGGAUGGUCGGCCGAUCAAGGUAAUAUUUACCAUCGAGGGCGACAGUUUGAUAGAGAAACAAAAAGGUGACGGUUUCGGGUGCACACAUGUAAGAAAAGGGGACGGCAAUACAUUAACAAUGACAUUGUCUGGCGGAGGACAGACCUGUACAAGAAAAUUCUCGAAGGUUUAAGUGCAUUCCAUUAAUUACAUCUAAAUUUUCACAUACUUAUUUGUGGUAUCAAGUUAGAAUUCAUUGAAAGAGGUUUGGAACAUUAGAGGUAUACUCCUCUAGUGACAGUGAUACUCGAGAGCUUAUUUAUGUACAUUUGUAAUAAAGCUUGUGUAUUCUCUUUGUUUUAUAAAUAUUGAUAUUUUUACUUUUUAUUACGGUAUAUGUGGACAUAUCAACUCGCAAGUGUUUACGAAGGAGUCAAUUCAAACCACUUAUAAAAUCUCUGUUUAAUAGUUAAGAAGUAAUCCUAUUUAAGUAUUUUUAUACUGUGACAGAAAGAACUCUUAAUUAAUUAAAUUAUUCAAAUGCUUAUAUUUAUGUUGUCGCUAUGCUAUUUCAAUUAAAAGUGAUAGCACCUUA